AUUUUAUGUUUUUAUAGCAUGGAUGCAUCUAAAGAAGACUCGUCUUUGGGAAGACUUGCAAACGAUGAGACCAGAAAUCCUACUUGCAAAAUGAGAACCGUUGAAGUGAGCAGAAAACCUCACCUGUGUCUGUUUGCUGUACGAGACAUUCUACCAGCAGAGGAAAUCACUUACAAUUAUGGAGACUCAGAUUGGCCAUGGCGAGUCAAGCCUUUGAAUAAAGCAUCAGCAGAAUCCACUGAUAAAAAGCCAGCCAGCAGUUUGCGCCUGCAUAAAUCCCCCCAUUGUGCAGCUUCUGUUUCCUCUCCUGAACUGGACAAGGUAAACAGCAAUGGUCCUCAUAAGCAGUCAGGCAAAGCAAGAACAUCAAGGAAUAAAACGGCGGCCAGUCUCUUUUUUUCUGUAGCCACUCCAAAGUCCAAGUCACCCACGUCACCUUCAACCUCGCCUGUGCAGCCCUCAUCAUCCUCGCCUGCCUACAGAGGAGGAGAGUGCAUCAACAAAGCUGCUUGCGAAUGUGGCAUAAAGAACCCUGAAGCACUGUCAUCAACUAGGCUCAGGAAACACAUAGCAACCAUGUCUAAAAUUCUUAACCUUAAUGAGAAUGAAGCAGACCAACUGGCUGAUUUCCUUGGUCACGAUAUCCGAAUCCACAGACAGUAUUAUCGGUUACCAGAGGGAACACUGCAGCUGGCAAAAAUGAGUAAAGUCCUAAUGGCCAUGGAGAAAGGAACACUGUCUGACUACAAAGGAAAGAAACUUGAUGACAUUGAAAUCGACCCAAAUGAGCAACUUGAGGCCCAAGGUGAUUCCAUGUCAAGUGAUGAGGAGGAUUCCAGUGACCUCUCUCAGACAUCAGCACCAGCACCAGUACAGACUGAUCAACCUGUUCAAUCUGAACAAGCUGUUUCACAGGAGGAUCAAGGUUCUUCAAAUGCUCCAAAAAAGAAAUGGGAGGACAGUGAGGUAAAAGCAGUAGAGAGACACAUGAUGAGUUUCAUCAAGACAUGCAAAGUUCCUGGUAAGCAAGACUGUGAAAGAUGCAUUCACGCAGAGCCAGAAGCUUUACGCAGCGAACAUGGACUGGUGUGAAAAAUUAUGUGCGGAACAGGAUCACGACUCUUAAAAGAAAGGGUGGUUUGUAGGGAGGGACAAACACUUCAACACUUUGCACAUUAUGCUCUUUUUGUAGGAAAUGGAGCUAAAUUAAAAGAAAUGAGGAUAAAGGUGUAGAAAUAUUUUGUGGAUGGAAUGAAACAGAAUAUAAAGUGAAAAGUUAGAGUAUAAGAAGGCUAAUGAAGAAGUAGAGGAUAGUAAGAGUCAAUUUUCUUUGUUCAGU